AUGGCCAAACGCGCUCCGGGAGCUCCAGAAUCUGAUCCACGGUCGAAGAAGGCCAAGGGCAAGGCAAAACCUCCGGCUCAAGUACAAGGGAACGCUCCAGCCGUCGGGCUCGUCGCGCCGGGGGCCACAUGCAUCAACGCAGAGUUUCAUCACAUGCUGAGCCAAUGCGAGCAGAAGAUCUUGAACCACCAGGUGUUCCAUGAUGUCUGCAACGGAGAUCCCACUGGCGACUGCGGGACCCCCGCCUACGACGAGGGCGAGGCGGGUCGGCGGCUGCAGGCAGGACAGGACUAUGUGGCGAGUUGCCCCUUAUUCUGGCUCAACCUCCGCUACGAGCUCCAGCCGAACGUUCCGAAGUGCCGCCAACGCAUCGAGAACUUGAAAGCCCACUUCUUCGGUAAGCCUGGGCCGAUGCCUGGGAACGGGAUAACAGUGAGCCACGUCAUGGGCGAGGAUCUACCCCAUAAGCGCAAAGGUCAACUACGAGCUGUGUGUUCUCCAGAACUUCGUGACGCCCUACGCGUGGCCAUCGCGGAGGACGUGGACACGGGGGACGAAGAUAAGUUGAACGCCUGGGCCAAGAUUCUCAUGUCCAUACCUUUUCGCUUCAAGGUCGUUCAGGAGGGGCACUACUUGAGCACGCUCUUCGAGGACGUGGUGCAGCAGCGCGAGGACAUCGGCGUACUGCACGACAACACCAGGAUGUCGGCCUUGCUUCGUUCAUACGAAAUCAUUGACCUCAAGACCCAGCUCGAGGUUACUGAAGGCACUCAGAAUAAGCACAAACUCGCGGACUACUACAAGAAGAUCAAGUACUCCCCGACGUCCGAGGCCGUGUCGGUAACUUUCGUUGAGGCGACUCUCACGUUGCACAACAACGUGCUGUGCGUCCCAGAGGUGAGAGAUGUCUGUUUCAAGUUCGACGGCAUCGGCAUCAAGAACCCCAUGGACAGCGUGCACAAAUACCGCCAGAUCGCAAUGGGCUGCGACAACAAGAAGGACCUCAUGGUCUGGAGCUUCAACAUGACGUGGGACUGGUGGAACCGCACCGAUGGGAACGACUCGAUAUCAAUCCGUAUCUUACGAGGGGACGCCGCCGGCUGGGGCGGGGUGUCGCUGGUGAAGUUGUUCAUCAAUAAGCUGACGCUUCGCAACGCGCUCUGGAAGAAGAUGGACGAGUUCAAUUGGGACGUCAACGUGAAGGAGAGCAUGAAAGAUCUGACGAAGGACGUAGAGAGCUGCCGCUUGAAGCUAGGGUACCACGACGACCCCGACAAGGUCCCAGUCAAAGAUUUAGCGGAUCGGAGUUUGUGGCCAGAGAGCGCCGACAAGUUUUUGCUGCUGUUCGAGGUGCUCGUCUAUGGCUACAGCUUGGACGUCAUCAUGAUCAAGGCCAUGCAGCAGAAGAAGGGCGUUGACGAGUUCUUGGAAUUCCCCGAGGUUUCGAGCUACCUGCGGGCCGUCCAGGCCGCGUACGCCAGGGAGACCAGGAAGACGUCAGAUGCCAUGAGCGACGGGGAGGGCGAGGUCGGAGCUUCAGCACCCAGCGCCGUCGCUGCAACUGCGCUCGCCGAGAACCAGUCGGUAGUUCAGAAGAUCCUCUCUUCAGCAAGCACGGACCCUUCCAAUGUGACCGAUGACGUGCUGCAAGAGGCCAAGAACUACUCCAAGAGCGCGGACCGCGACGUGAAGAGCGUUGUGAAGCUCGUGUCGGCCGCCACGUCCAUGGAUGAGCUGAAGGCGGCAAUCCAGAAGACGUCGGCUUGCAAGGUGGUUGGCUCGAACAAGAAGCACGUCGCCAUCGUCCUCGAUGCGAAAAGACUCUGUGCGAAGCUGCUCCACGAGAACGACGUCCUCAUCGGGAUCGAUGGCGACAAGAACGACUUCGAGGAGAAGGUGGUCAAGGCUUUGGCGCCGCUAAAGCUCGACAACACGAAGCUACUCACCAUCUACACGCAAGACUCGGUAGAGAAACGCUUGGAUCGCCCGGGGGGCUCCAACGCGCUCACGCUCACGGAGACGGUCCACCUGAUGACCACCACGAAGUUCCAGUGCAAGGUGCAGCCUCGCAAACUCCUGACGGGCCAGACUACGCGAGCAAACGUCCUCGGGCCCCUGGCGCACGCCAACCUCGCGGACAAGACCGUCACCUGGACGAUCACGUGGGCAGAGAAGAAAGAGUUGCUAAGCGUGGACAACAUGCCCUUGCCGGGGGGCAGGUGCGAGGGGUCAGAUGCGGCAUCAGCAGCGUCUGAGAAGACGGAAAAGGUGAAGCCGACUGAUUUGGUUCCUGCUUUCUAUCACGAGUCGCCCCCGUCGCUCUCGGUGGAGCUGGCGCACCUCGUGCAGGCCGUUGCCAUAAUAGACUUGACUCCUGGAUCCGGCCAUUGGGCCAUGCAUGCCGUUCGGCAUCGCAUUCCUUAUUGCGGGGUGUGUUUCACGGAGAAACACGUGGCGAUGUUGUACGAGAAGUUGAUCAGCCGCUCGCUCGACGCGAAGCUUGACGCCAACGACAAGGACAUGUACGACGCCUCCCUCGCGAGCAUCGUGACGAAACACACCAAGGAGGGCAACGCGCCGAAGAAGAUUUCGGAGACCACGGACCUCCCGAACACGCCAGCGACCAAGCCGACUCCGACGCCGAAGCCACCCGGCGGCGGCGCCAGCAGGGAUGCGCUCUUGCAGAAGAUCGCUGCCCUGAAGGAGCAGCAGCAG